GGCAAGGAUGGAUGCUUGGAGCCGGAUCAGAGGAGCGUUUAGGGAAGGGAUAGGCAAGAAUGGAUGCUUGGAGCGGGAUCCAUUUUCCAGGAAUCAAAUCAAUUGAACUAAUUAAGGAAUCCUAGAUGCAACUUUUUGAAUGGCCCAGUUUAUUUCAAUUUUUGAGCGGUAAAUAUGCGCAGAGUCAAAGGAUAUGGAUAAGGAUUAUUUACGUUUUUGGAGUAAGAAAAGGAAACUGAGGACCAGGAAGUUGGAUCAAAGAAUGGAAGGAGACAUAGGAGUCUGUGUCAACGAUGCAUUGUGGGAUGAAAUAAGAUGCUGGCAUAGAGGACCUGGUAGAAAAUGCUCGCAACACAAGAAGAGGUGGCAGCGCAGCCAAUCGCAGUGUGAAUUACCUGAUUUUGAAGUGGAACGUAUCUUCGUCUCCUACAUAAGGCAUCAUGACUGACAGGAAGGCAGUAAUCAAGAAUGCUGACAUGUCUGAGGACAUGCAGCAGGAUGCAGUGGACUGUGCUACCCAGGCCAUGGAGAAGUACAAUAUAGAGAAGGACAUCGCGGCCUACAUAAAGAAGGAAUUUGACAAGAAGUAUAACCCUACAUGGCAUUGCAUUGUUGGGAGGAACUUCGGCAGCUACGUCACUCAUGAGACAAAGCAUUUCAUCUACUUCUAUUUGGGGCAGGUGGCCAUCCUCCUCUUCAAGUCUGGCUGAGUUCUCUGAGGCCUGGAGUGCUUCUCCUCCCAACCUGGACUGUAAUGCACUGGUGGCUGAUGUCACAACUUCCCACACACUUCAAAUAUUAAAAUGAAAACAUACCAUGAUGAUACGCAACUGGCUGUGCGCAACUGCAUGGACUAAGAUGUACCAUAUUUAAUGUGUAUAUGUUACAGUACAAAUACUACUUUCACUAGUUGCCAUAAAAUGCAACUGGAAGAGAUUUUUGUUAAUGCUGUUCUACAUUUUGUUAUACUUAAGUUGUAAAUGCUUUAACAGUGGCCUUUGAUUGUAUAAUAAAGGAAAGCUAGAGAAUGUAGUCGUGCAUCUGCUUUACCCCAGAGAGCUGUUUUGUUUUCAGUGAUUCCUGUGCUACUGUUUAAUGUGCUUAGUUGCUCCAGACCUUGAACUACUACAGCAGUUUGUAAUGCCUGUAUCUUGCCAGAGGUACAAGUGAGACUAGCACAAUUUAUUUGGACACAUCUUCCCAGAUUUUCAACUGCUGUUAAUGAUCCCUUUUCCAGUCAUAUCUCAUAGGUGGAAUGUCUCCUCUGGCAUAGCAAGGGUGUUGGCAAUUUCCUAUUGCUAGUUGAGUUCCUAUGUUAACAUGCAGAUGUUUUCAGAAUGGUGGCUUGGAGGUUCCAUUUGCAGAGUGUUGACACCAUCUGUACUUGAACCUAUUCUGGCUGUGCAACAAAGGACUGAAUGUUGGCAUUCCGGUCCUUUUGUAGACUUAACAUAUCUUGGUGAUUUGUUUAACUGCAUCUGCCUUGUUGGUAGUUUCUAUUCUGUUUAUGGUUUGAUACAAAUUUCUAUAUGAUUUGCACAGGUGUACCUCUUCUCUCCAUGGGCAUGGGAGUACAACUGCACUUCACUGAAGGAAUAAUUGGGUUUUUGGCAAUGAGGCCCUUUAUCUACUUCCUCAGCUGAACUUGUGGAUUCCUUUUGUUGGACCAGUAGGAAGUUGGAAAUGGUUUGGCACGCUAAUUAGUGUUGGUGCAAUGAAUGGAAGUUGCUUGUAGAUACCACAUACUUCCAAACAUUGCUUUAACGCAUCUAAAUAACAUCCACGAGUUCUGACUCCAGGGAAUUAAAUGAAGGGCCUCAUUGACAAAAUCCCAAGUAUCCCUUUUAAAGGGGUAAAGUUGCCCAGUAAAACUUUAAUUUAGUCAAUAAAAUGUUAAAUCAA